AUGGAAGAAAAGGGAGAAACAAUGUCCGACGAAACAAAGGAAAAACGUGAAUUUGAAGGCCAAAAGGAAACUACUCAUACUAAAUCCGAAAAGUCUGUGGAACCGAAGCCGAAAAGAAGAAGAAGAAGAAACUAUGACGAUUAUGAUGCUGAAGUAGCAAAAGAGGAGACCAAGGCUAAUAAUGAUUCCACAAAGACCGAAAAUAAAGGUGCUGUUGAAGAUUCUGAAUCUGAUAUGGACGAUGCCAAAUUAGACGCCUUGAUAGGAAAUGAAGGAGAAGAGGAAGAGGACGAUUUGGCGGAAAUUGAUACCUCUAAUAUCAUCACAUCUGGGAGAAGAACACGCGGCAAAGUAAUCGACUAUAAAAAAACUGCAGAGGAAUUAGACAAGAAGGAAUCUAGCGCGAGCUCUAAGAAUAACGUAAAUCACAGUGAUAAAGAAGAAGACGAAGAAGACGAUGAAGACGAUGAUUUUAAAGAGCAAUAG